GUGCCAAACUCAAAGUGAUUCAACCCCAUGUCUUAGCAAGUUUGUCGAGACUAGAAGAAUUAUAUCUGGGAAACAAACUGAUUAUUUAUGAUAAGGGAGAGAAUGAGAGGUAGAGAGAGAGGGAGAGCGGACAGAUCCAGAGCACGCGAAGGGCGGACGGCACGGAAUUGGGAGCUUUCUAGAAACCAGAGAGGGAAUCGACAGGAGCGAGGUAAUGGGCACUCACGUAGAAGAUCAGAAAAAAGACAGGAGGCAUGGGGGUAUGACAAAAGGGUGUAUAACCAGGCUACUGUGUUCUUCUUUACAAACUUCCCUGAUGAAUGGAGUUAUGGAAGCAUGUGGGAGACCUUCUGCAAACAUGGCAGAGUCCUGGAUAUAUAUAGCCCACCGAGGAAAUCCAAAUUAGGGAAGAGAUUCGGGUUUGUAAGAUUCUUAGAUGUGAAGAAUGAGGGGGUUCUGGAACGCCAACUGGACCAAAUUAGAGUAGGGAUGACCAAGCUGUGGGUUAAUAGACCAAGAUUCAGAGAAACAAAGGAGAGGAGCAGAGAAGACAGAAAGCCAGUUGAGAAUGCUCAUGUCAAACCAUGGAGAUCGUAUGCGGAAGUUGUAAAAGGAAAGUAUAGAAUGGAGGAAGAGCCAAUGAAACAGACAAAGUCGGCAACAGUUGGAGGAGUUGAUCAACAUAAGCAGCGGGAUAGAGACACGCAAAAAUGGCCAACACAAGCAUGGAAAAUGAGGAAUAAGGAACGAGCCAAUGUUGGCCUGGAGUUUAGGGUGAAGGAGGAAGAACUCACAUGGCUCGAAGGCUGUUAUGUCAUAACUACUUAUUCAAUGGAGCUCAUUCCUACACUACAGGAGAAAUUUUUCAUGGAAGGAUAUUUCUCUUGUAAGGUAAGACCAAUAGGGGGAAGACUUGUCUUACUUGAAGGGGGGGAUAAGGAGGAGAUGAAGGAUUUGGUAGAAUUAGCACUGGAAUGGCUGGGGCAAUGGUUUGAGGAUAUAAAACCAUGGAACCCAAAACUGGUUGCAAGAGAAAGGCAAUCCUCCAAAUGUGUAGAUGGAAAGGUUGAAGAUGAUGACAAGGAUAGAAGAUCCAACGUGGAGAGCAAGAACGAAAAGGUAGCUGACGUGGAAUCUGACUCAAGGAGUGCUGAAGAAUCCAUCAAGCAAUCAGAUAAUGAGUGUAUUGUUGCAGACAUCGGGAAUACUCUAGGACUUCUUAUCAACUCCCAAGAGGAAACGACGGAGGAGCAUGCCUGGGGGGGGGGAGCAAAAUGGGCCACAAACAUAGGACCGGGAGCAACAAAAAAGAAGGAAGUUAGUAAAGUCAAAGGUGCUGGAGCGGAGAGAGAAAAAACAGAAGAUAAGAGUGACAAUGAAGAGGAGGUACAGAGAGGUGACGGAAGCUUUGUCGGAGUGGAAACUCAUGGUGAAGAACAAUCCUUUUGGCAAGGGUUUGAAAGUGAAACAGGGCAAGUGAAAGCUUGGAUGGGUAGAACAGAGAGGAAGUCUAAAAAGCAGAGGAGAAAGAGGAUGAGAUCAUGCUCGAAGCAGAGGAGUCAAUCACGGAUAGCGGCAUUGAAAAUAGAAAUCGAUGCUUGCGAGCUGAGGCUAAAAGUGGCACGAGAGAGCAGAUCUAGGGGUUUGCAAAGAGAAUUGGUGUUGCCAAAAGAGAUAACGAGGAUGAGGUCUUGCGAAGGCUUGAAGUUAUGGAGGAGCGGGACAGGGAGAGUAGUAGGAAAGGAAGGCAAGAAAAGAGGGGUGAGAGAACUUGUUGCUCGGGAGAAGGUAGAUUUUUUAUCAGUACAAGAAUCCAAGGUAGAGGUCGUUGAUGCUCAACUAUGCAGAGCUCUAUGGGGAUCAGAUAGCUUUGAAUGGGUUGCUCAACCCUCUAAAGGUAUGGCUGGGGGAUUGAUUUGUAUUUGGAAUCCUGAGUUAUUGAAGAAGGAUAGAAUUAUAGAAGGGGAUAAUUUCAUUGGGAUUUUCGAGUUUUGGGGGGUGGCUAACACUCCCGUGUAUAUAAUAAAUAUAUAUUUCCUGUGUGAUUUGGCUGGAAAAAGAGCUCUAUGGGCGACUCUCAAAAUUCUUAUUCUUGAGAAUGGGGGGAAUUGGUGUUUAAUGGGAGACUUCAAUGCAGUGAGGAAUGAACAGGAAUGGCGAGGAGGGAGUAUUAGAAGGGAUAUGCCAGAGUUUGAUAAGUUUAUUAGUGAUUGUGGCUUAGUUGACCUUCCAUUAAUUGGUAGGAAGUUUACUUGGUACCAAACCAACGGAGCAACGAUGAGUAGAUUGGAAAGAUUCUUGCUCUCAGAAGAAUGGUGCUUGAACUGGGAGGAUGUCAAACAAUGGGGCUUGAACUGCUCAUACUCUGAUCACUGCCCUAUUGUGUUAAAAAACCAGAUCAUUAAUUGGGGGCCAAAACCCUUUCGGGAGCUGCUGGAGGAAGUAAAGGAAAUUAAAGAAGGUGUGGCAAAGCACUUCGAAAGCUUGUUCCAAGAGGAAGAGUGGAAUCACCCAGUGCUUGAUGGAAUUGAAUUUAAGAAGAUUUCAGCAGAGGAGGGGUCAAUGCUGGAAGCACCAUUCAAGGAGGAAGAGGUUAAACAAGCAGUGUGGAGUUGUGAGAGCUCAAAGGCGCCGGGGCCUGAUGGGUUUAACUUUAAAUUCAUCAAGGAAAUGUGGGAGGUAAUCAAAGGAGAUAUACUGGGGUUUGUUGACGAUUUCCAAAAGCAUGGAAAAUUGGUCAAAUGGGUUAAUAGCAGCUUCAUUGUAUUAAUACCCAAAGUCGACAACCCACAGAAAAUAGAAGAAUUUAGACCCAUUUCACUAGUUGGUGUCAUGUACAAAAUAAUUGCCAAACUCCUAGCACAUAGACUGUCUUCGGUUUUAAAUGGAGUGAUCGGGGAAAAUCAGAUGGCCUUCAUCGGAGGAAGGCAACUUGCAGAUAGUGUGGUCAUCGCGAACGAGACUACUGAUGAGGCGCAAAAAAGGAAACAAGCAGGAUUUGUAAUUAAGCUUGACUUCAAAAAGGCGUAUGAUAAAGUAUGCUGGGCCUUCUUGGACUACAUGAUGCUGAGAUUGGGAUUUGGCCAAAAAUGGAGAGGGUGGAUGACUGAAUGUUUGAAGACAGCGGAGGUAUUGGUGUUACUCAACGGGAGCACCACCAGACAGUUUGGGAUGCAAAGAGGGCUCAGACAAGGAGACCCGUUAUCACCUUUCCUAUUCCUAAUUGUUGCGGAGGGUCUUAAUGGCAUAAUCAAAUCUGUAAUUUCACAUGGACUGUUUGAGGGAAUUACAGUUGGGCAAAGUGGAUUGAAAGUAACCCAUCUACAGUUCGCGGAUGAUACAAUUGUAUUUGGGAAAGCCUCAGAAGAAAACAUUUGGGCUGUAAAAUGUAUUAUGAGGAUUUUCGAGAUUGUAUCGGGGCUGAAGAUUAACUUCGGAAAAAGCUUACUCAUGGGCAUAAAUGUCUCAAAUGACUGGAUGAAGAAGAUGUCUAUUAUUAUGAAUUGUAAGCAAGGAGUUUUGCCUUGUAAAUAUUUGGGGAUGCCGAUUGGGGGUAGAUAUAGAAGUAUUGCGAUGUGGAAACCCAUCAUUGAUGCUUUUAAGAAGAAACUUGCUAGUUGGAAAACCAGGUUCAUAUCUCUUGGCGGAAGGAUCACACUCCUUAAUUCCGUGCUGUCUAGCCUCCCAGUGUUCAUCAUGUCUGUCCGCCUGUUACCUAAAGGUUUGAUUCUCUUACUUGAUAAAAUUCGUAGAAGUUUUCUUUGGGGGGCUAGGGAUGGUUGCAAGAAGAUUAAUUGGGUUUGUUGGGAGAAUGUGUGUAAAAACAAAAUGGAGGGUGGUUUAGGUGUAAAGGACCUUAGAAUAUUUAAUUUAGCACUGUUAGGAAAGUGGUGGAGUAGGUUGGCAGGGGGUGAGGACGGUUUUUUGUACAAGGUCAUUAGAGAAAAAUAUGGAUAUGAAGCAGGAAAUUGGCUAAACUGGAUUGAAAGAAGGUGCAACAGGAGGUCCUUAUGGUGGAGGGACGUCUGUCAUCUAGAUCAUUUAUAUCAUAGAAAGAUUGGAUGGCUGUCGGGUGGAUAUAGACUGAAAUUAGGGGAGGGCAAAUCGCAAAACCAAGAGCAUUUCCCAAAUGGGUCACUGGAACAACGGGAGAUGGACCUGGUCACUACAGUGGAGAAGAACCAUCUUUUCUUGGGAGGAAGAAUCAUUAUCGGAGCUGUGGGGUCUAUUAGAGGCAAACCAACGAACUUGUGGAAGUCAAGAUCGCUGGGAGUGGAGGCACAAUAAGGACAAUGGCAGAUACUCAGCGAAAUCUGGAUAUCAGGUUCUCUCAAGUAAUCAAAACGAG